GGAAGGGUGGGGAAAGAUAAGCAAGGAGCACAACACAGUGCAGUGUUUCCGGCCAGCGCAGCCCUGAAGGAGUGUCAGUGGAAAGCGGUUUGAAAUAACCAGUCUGCCCAUUCAUUUCACUGUGUUUACCAGUCUGCCCAUUCAUUUCACUGUGUUUGUUGCUGGUUUCUCGAGCUCAGUUGAAGAUGGUGUUGUUGACGAUGAUUGCCCGGGUCGCGGAUGGACUCCCGCUCGCCGCAUCCAUGCAGGAGGACGAACAGUCUGGGCGGGACCUGCAGCAGUAUCAAAGCCAGGCCAAGCAGCUCUUCAGGAAGCUGAAUGAACAGUCCCCUCCGCGAUGCACCCUGGAGGCAGGGGCCAUGUCUUUCCACUACGUCAUCGAGAAGGGGGUGUGCUACCUGGUCCUGUGUGAGGCGGGGUUCCCCAAGAAGCUGGCGUUUGCCUACCUGGAAGAUUUACAAUCGGAGUUCGAUGAGCAGCAUGGGAAGAGAGUGCCCACGGUAUCCAGACCGUACUCCUUUAUUGAGUUUGACACGUACAUUCAGAAGACCAAGAAGUCGUACAUUGACAGCAGAGCCCGACGCAACCUGGGGAACAUCAACACAGAGCUGCAGGAUGUGCAGAGAAUCAUGGUAGCCAACAUUGAGGAGGUGCUGCAGAGAGGAGAGGCGCUGUCAGCUUUGGACUCCAAGGCCAGCAACCUGUCAAGCCUGUCGAAGAAAUACCGGAGUGACGCCAAGUACCUGAACACGCGCUCCACGUACGCCAAGCUGGCUGCCGUAGGGGUGUUCCUCGUCAUGCUGAUCGUCUAUGUGAGGUUCUGGUGGCUCUGAGGGGCCGCGGGGACCCGCUGAUCCCACUCCUUUAUACCCGGGCUGGAAUUACUUCCAAAAAUCUUUACACGUUCUGUGGUGUGUUUUAUUAAACCGCUGCACGUACCAUUCUCUUUCUGUUUAGUAAGAAAUAAGACUCCCAUUGCAUAGCACUCUUGAGUCCACGCCUGGUUUUGCUAGGAGUUUAACAUCACACUGUGACUGAUCAAGCUCAUAAUAAAACCUGGAAUGGGUGAAUCUGCUCUGCAACAGGAGUCCUCUUUCCAUCCCUGGAAUGUGUGUGACAGUUUGUGUUAAUUAGACCAAACCCCAGUAUUCACUGGUCUUUGGAAACACGCUGUUUCGUGGAACGGCCUGUUUGUUUGGCCGGCAGAAACAAACCCACAGCGUCCCGGCGGUUCGGUCUGCAGAGCAUCUUUUCAGAAGCUGCCUGGGUGUGCAAAAAGUCAUCUGUUUCUGUUUCCAUUGGAUUAUGCCGAGUGUGUGUACAAACAAAAAGCGUCCGCAAAGUGGACAGUGCCUCCGCAGACCGAGCCUCUCGCUGGCAGAGCUGUGCUCGUAGAUAUAGUGUGUGCGUGUGCAUGCAUGCUGUGAACAGCGCGAUUCUUUUUUUAAAUUCUGCUAAUAAACACACUGAUCUACUGUAUGUGCAACAGACCGCCCAGGCUGAUCAGCUGUUGAAUCUAACCAGGAAGUGUUACUCGUCCUUCCUUACAGUUCAGCAACUCCUCUGUUCUCAAGCUGUUUACUGGGGCUUUGAGAAAAUGAAAUGGGAUGAAACGAAUUCAAAUGAAACCCUGUUGGUAGUGGGAGUGUUUCUUGGGUGUUAUCAUCACUGCCUCGAUGCUGGUCUCUGCUCUGUUGUGUAAAUGAAUGGUUUUGCAUCUCAAGCGGUACAGAUUUCAAAGGGCAUGUUUAUUCCCCAUGUCAGCUUGCACUGUGUUAUCUGAUGCUGGCUUUACCCUCCAUACCGGCAGCUCUGGAUUCUCUUAGCAGUAAUAUUAUUUUCAGCCAACUUCUAUUUUGUUACCCAUCUCUUCGUGUUUCAGUGUACUGUACUCUGAUGUGAGGGUGGUGGCUGGGUGGUCAGUGUACUGUACUCUGAUGUGAGGGUGGUGGCUGGGUGGUCAGUGUACUGUACUCUGUUGUGAGGGUCGUGGCUGGGUGGUCAGUGCACUGUACUCUGUUGUGAGGGUGGUGGCUGGGUGGUCAGUGUACUGUACUCUGAUGUGAGGGUGGUGGCUGGGUGGUCAGUGUACUGUACUCUGUUGUGAGGGUGGUGGCUGGGUGGUCAGUGUACUGUACUCUGAUGUGAGGGUGGUGGCUGGGUGGUCAGUGUACUGUACUCUGAUGUGAGGGUGGUGGCUGGGUGGUCAGUGUACUGUACUCUGAUGUGAGGGUGCUGGCUGGGUGGUCAGUGUACUCUACUCUGUGAGGGUGCUGGCUGGGUGGUCAGUGUACUCUACUCUGUGAGGGUGGUGGCUGGGUGGUCAGUGUACUGUACUCUGAUGUGAGGGUGGUGGCUGGGUGGUCAGUGUACUGUACUCUGAUGUGAGGGUCGUGGCUGGGUGGUCAGUGUACUGUACUCUGAUGUGAGGGUGGUGGCUGGGUGGUCAGUGUACUGUACUCUGUUGUGAGGGUGGUGGCUGGGUGGUCAGUGUACUCUACUCUGAUGUGAGGGUCGUGGUUGGGUGGUCAGUGUACUGUACAAACUGGGAAUGACAAAGCAAUAGUAAACUUUUUUUUUUUUAAUAUAAAUAUCUUUAAUGACUGGCUGGAGAGUUUUAUUAAUCCCAUUAAUGAAUGUUAUUUCAUAGUGUGGUCUUUAUACUAGCAGGCAACUGUAUACUUCCAAUAUACAGGUUUUUUUUAUUAAAAUAACAUUGUGUAUUGCU